CCAGAUUAUUUCACUCUCCCAACAGCAGAGAGAGAGAGAGGGAGCUGCGCGCAGCUGACACCCACAGGAGUUACCCGUGUACCCGGCUGCUUCUUCGCCCAGGGAUUUAAACAAUUUCCCAUCCCGGAGGAGCUGCAGAGCCGCCUGCGCCCCAUCCAUCGCACCGGGAGCCCUGAGAAGAGUGCAGUGUUUGGAAACUUAGCACAGACGUGCUCGCUGCCUUUGUGCAUUCCCCCCUUAAUGUUGCAUGAUUGGGAAGGGAGGGGGUGCUGAGGAGCCCCGGGCAGACAGGUGAUGGGCGUUUCAGCGGAGAUCUAGAGCUGCUGCCUCUUUGGGUUUUGUAAUGUUGGCGUGAUCAGAGCACAGACAUGCAGACCCUGCACCCCAUUGCCUCCUAGAGACCACCCUCUGCAAGGAGAAGGAAAGGAAGGGGAGAGAGAGGGGAGCAGGUUGGUGCUGGAGAUCCCACCCCAACCCCCCUAAAAAAACGUCCAGAAGAUCCAACACAUUUGGUGGGGUGUUGAUCCCCCUCUAAGGGAUGGUAGUGACUCCCCCAGACACAGGAGCGGGUCUGCGGCUCCUACAGCAAGACGUUGCAUUGUCAUUCAGUUAUAAGUGCAGCAGCAGGACGCAAUGACGAGCUGGGCUUGGAUUUUGCUUCUAGGCGUCUGCUACCUGUCUCCUUCAUCCUGCGAGGAAGCAGAGAUCCCUCAGGAAUUGAUCGAGAGACUGGCACACAGUGAAAUUCACAGCAUCAGUGACUUACAGCGCCUCCUGGAGAUUGAUUCCGUAGGAGCGGAUGAGUUUUCUGGAGGAAACUUAAAAACACAGACGCACACCUUCCAUCACAAUCGCCAUGUACAGGAGAAGAGAUCUGUGCCUAUUCGCAGGAAGCGAAGCAUCGAAGAAGCUGUCCCUGCGGUUUGCAAAACAAGGACUGUUAUUUACGAGAUACCUCGUAGCCAAAUUGACCCAACAUCUGCAAACUUUCUGAUAUGGCCGCCUUGUGUGGAGGUGAAACGAUGCACAGGCUGCUGUAAUACCAGCAGUGUUAAAUGCCAACCAUCAAGGAUACACCACCGGAGUGUCAAGGUGGCAAAAGUAGAAUAUGUAAGGAAAAAACCCAAAUUAAAAGAAGUACUGGUGAGAUUAGAGGAGCACCUGGAAUGCACUUGUGCAGCAAAUUCUAAUUCAGAUUAUCGAGAAGAGGAAACUGGAAGGCCUAGGGAAACAGGUAAAAAACGGAAGCGAAAAAAAUCUAAAGCCUACCUAAUACCCAGCUGGAAAUAAUUUUCCUCGGCAGAUGUAAGGUGAAAAUAAGCUACAAGGAAUCAUCUGGGACUUGGAUGUACACACUUUGUUACAUUCCUGAAUCUUCUACGUAUGGUGCUUUUAUAGACUGUUGUUUUAUUUUAUUUUUAUUUUUUGUUUUUGUUUUUUUAGUUUUUUGUUCUCUUGUGCGGAAAGACAGGAUUAAAGAAAAACAAAAAAAUAAGGAAAAAAGGUUCAAAGGACACUGAGAACAAAGGAACAAUAUACAUUUGUUUAAUGUGACAUCAAAGCAAGUAUUGUAGCACUCUUACAGAGAAGAGACGCUUACCCCUGUCAGAUAACUGUGGCAACAAAACAAGAUGGCGGGUUGGAUGAAAGAAGGAUAUGUUUAAAAAAAAGAUGACAAACAAAGUACUGUGAACAUGGAAAGUGAAUAGAGACCUCAUAUCAAAGCAGUGAUGCUUUAUGUCAAGUGAUGUGCCUGCUAAUGUUGAUGAAGAUAGAUGGUCAUUGACGGACCACUGGCACAAAAUAAAAAGGCCAGGAAUGUAUCAAAUGAACAAGUGUCUACGCAGAAGCUUUCGAUAAAAUAAAUCCUUGUUUCAUGAUGUUUAAAGUCUUCACAAAAAACCUGGGAAGCCUUAAGAGGACUUUUAUUUUUGUUUAUUUUACUCCAUAGAGUAAUUAUUACACCAUGGGGGUUAUUUAAUUAUGGCGGCACAGUCCUAGCAUUAGGAACUUGCCUGCCCUAAUAUUGGUCAGUUGAAAUUCUGAUCACUCUUUGUGUCAUUUUGCAGCAGUGACCUUCAUAGUGUUGAAUUGUGUGUGUGUCCGUGUGCCUGUGUGUGUGUGUGUGUGUGUGUGUGUGUGUGUGUGUGUGUGUAUAAUUGUUCUUGCUUGACAGAAAUAAAUAAAAUAAAAAUAAUAAAGUUCAGUUUAUCAAACUAGCAGGAUCUGGAUAUGUUUUCUUAUAUCUGAAAACCCUACAAAUAAUCUGUCUAAAAGAAACAAAUAAUAAAUUAUAAACAUAGUGGAGGCAGACAUUUUGUGGGAUGAACUAAUGUUUUUGAAAAAAUGCAACCUAUCAAUUCACUAAGGACUUCGGAGAUUCCUGAGGCCAAUAUUCAUGAUUCCUGACAAUUACAAAUUAACCACUGGUACAUAGAGAUUAAAUAGACAGCAUUCUGAUGAAUAUUGGUUCAGGCCAAAACAUGGCCAUCUCCACCUGGUGAAGGCAUCAGAUGCUGUUUAGAAUGUAGUACAUUUCUUGUCAAACCAAUUUUAUCUAUGGGCUCUGUGUGUCCAAUAAAAAGUAUUCCUUCAGUAUUUAUAUUUCAUUUGUUCAGGUUUUCUUUUGAUUUUAAAAAAUGGCUAAAAAAAUGCUGCAAAUUUGGCUAUCUUUUUUCUUUGUUUCCUUUCAUACAUACAUUACCUCUUUCCAAGAAUGAAAACAAUGGCAAAACAGGUAAUUGGUGUAUUAUAUAUUAAAGAGGACCUGAUAACUGCAAGUUUUUACUGAAUGCUGUUAUAAGAAGCUGAUUGUUGUAUCUUGCGUUCCAGUAGAAAGCCAUUUUUAAGAAAGUUCACCCCUCUAUUUAAAAUAAGCAACUCCCAGGCACAGAUGGAUUAAGACCUCACAGGGCCCUUGGCACCAUAGCACCAUACUGGUGUAGCCACCCACCAUCAAAAAACCCACAAAAUGUUUUAAAGUAAUCUGGGCUCCUCAUAGCCUGCUGCACCUAGGUAGGAGCCUAGGUUGCUUAGUGGAUGCUCCAGCUCUGCCAAAAGCAGCUGUUGGGCUACAAAGCAUUUAAUGGUAUAUUAAAUUACCCUGCAGAGCGAUUGCUCAAGAGAUUUUGUAAUGGCAAGCCUACUUUGUCAUUCAACACAUUUGCAAGAGUUAAAAACCAACUACAGUUAAAAUGCAUGUAUAAAAUGCAUGUAUUAAUAUAGUUAUGCCCUUAGUAAUAACUUUUUUGCUUUGGUACCUAAAGUAAGCAAAAAAAAAAAAAAGUUAAAAAAGCAGUAUCUGUGAAAGUAUGGAGAGAGAAUGUGUGUGUAUGGAAUUAUUUUGUUUUUUGUGAAUGUGUGUGUGUUGGUAUUCUGUUAAUGUCCAUCCGACUCUCUUUUGAUGUGGCUUUGUUUUAUUGAAAGGUGAGUAACUGCUGAGAACACAUAUACCUAACAUUUAUGAGUUUAUAGUAUUUCCUCAAGCAGGAUGCAAGCUAAUGAACUGUAUCCAAAUAAAGAAGAAAUAAAGGUAUAUCUAGUGCAUAUUUCAAACCUUGUUCCCAUUGUGUCUGCAUAAUUUAAAUUCUAAAUAAAAUAUUGUAUAUUAAUAAAUCAUGGGAUAUCUGUGCAACGUCAGAUUUUGUGCCAGUUGCCUAAUAAUGCUAAUAUUUUAUUUUAUUUUUCUAUUUUUUUGCAAUUUAUUUUAUCAUACACAACAUUUUCACAUUUGUCAAAGUGUGAAAUGGACAUUUUAUUCUUGUAUGUGCAUUGUACAGUGUCACGCUAGCAAGAGAAAUAUUUGCUACGUGUAUUUGAACAAAUCCUAAAUUCUUUAUUUUUGGUAAAAAAACAAACAAAAAAACAAAUGUAUGCUUAUGUGUAUUCAACAGAAAUGUGUUCUUUUUUUGUAAAGUUGAAGUUUGUAUUUUUAUCUAAAAUUAACAUUUUUAUAUGAGUACGAAAAGCCUACUAUGUUUUCUUGAACCAAAAAAGAAAAUUGCAUUGUGUGGUCAUAUUUUUGUAGCACCAUAUUCAUACAAAUAUUUAGCUAUAUCUGUUGCAUAUGUGUUUCUAGCACUUGAUUGGUGAUAUUCUAUGUUAUACUGCUGCUGUAAAGUUAACAGAUAUCUAAUGAGAAUUCCAAAUAGGUCAAUAUAGUGUUUGCAGGGAGAAGGUGGUUGCCUAGUUAUCCUGCCUUCUAUUUCAACAUACUUGUCUUAAAUGUCAUAUUUUCAGCAUUCAUUUUCACUUAUGUAUAAACGUUUUCACCCUACUUGUAGAUUGACCUUGGUAGCUAGACGUUAAGAGAUGUGUGCACAGUUUCUUUUGCCCCAAAAAUCACAUUCCUCUACUGAUAAAGAUAAGUUGUCCUAACAUCCUACCUAGCUCUGUUGUAAUGAAUAGGAAAAGGAAUGUUGGCUGAAGUCUGUAGAACACAAGUAUAUAGCUUAAAAACUUCUUUAAUAUAUUCUCACCUUCUCACUCACACCUCCCUGAAGCAGCGGAAAAAUUGAAUGAUUAACUAAUUCUAUAAUUUGGGGGAUAUGCAUCAAAACUCACGCUGAGGUAUGUUUAAUUGAUUUAUUUGGUCCAGUGGUCAGGUUGCCAUGCCAAAAAUAUAUUUCUAUACAAAUACAUGUCCCUGCAAUAUACUUUGAUGUAUUGACUCAAUAUCCCAUUAAGGCAGUGCGGUUUUAUUUAAAUCAAUGCGCCAAUUCUACCCAGAUCCAUUUGUCAUAUUGCAUGUGCAGUCUCGAAGUAAGUUCCUACAGUGUGGUUAAGCUGUCCUUUGUUGUACAGACUAAUCAGUCUUAAACUAGUACUCAAUAAAUUAGUCAUACUCUGUUAUUUUCUGUGCAUGUUGAUGAUAAAGUUUUCAUUUACAACGGGAAGACAUUUUUAAGCCUUUAAAAAGCUGCAACUUUAUUUAGAGUUCAAGGCAUUUCACAUUUUUAAGUUCCAAUGAAAGAAACCUUUUGCUUUUGUGGCAUUUUCCAGGUUCAUUUUAUGGCUGUAUAGCACAGAACGUUAUUUACAUCAGAAAACAGUGGUACUAAUUCAGAUGCGGUUGCAAAGCGGCUGUUUCACACAAAUGGAUCAAUGUUUUCUUACUGCAUAUGCGUCUGGGCCGCAGUGCGCAUGUGCAGUGAGUGAAUUACGGUUGCAUCCGCAACGAUGGAUUUGUCGCAAAGUGAGUGACAGGAGGACAGCAUUUGGGGGUGGUAACGUGGGAGUGGUCAGGUAAACACAGGCGUAUCAUGGCUGUUCAGACAGCAAAUUCUGGGCGUUUAUAAAUUAGCAGCUGCGAUCUUACUUGCUACUGGGAGAGCCUUCUGCAUCCCAGGAGAGCAGCUCAGCCUGCGUGUCCUCAGAGGCACUCAGACUCUGCGAUGUGACCCGAUCGGCGACGAUGGUACCAAUAUAUCAGCAAUUGUAUGCCGUCGGACCCUACUAUGCUCAGGUUAGCUUUAGCCCAUAUUGGCAUACAGUCGCGAUUGUGUACAUGAAACAUCAAAUAACAACCACAUCUGAAUUAGGCCCAGUGUGUAAUACAGGAGCAAAACUUGCAUUAGGGGAAACCAAAGAAAUUGCUGCUACAUCUUUGAAGCUGAGAGCCUACAAUAUGUAGUUUAACAUUUUUAUUCUGUAACAUCAAUUUAUUACAUGGGGGAGGAAUAUAUUUUGGAAUCAGUAGGAACAUAAGUUUUUUUUUAAUACAUUCCCAUAAAGUAUUGCCAUGUUUUAGGUUUUUCUAAUAGAAAAUGCUGCCAUGAUCAUAUUUCUUUGUGUUUUUAUCAUUUCAAUUAUAUCAGAUUGCACCUUGUAAUCCUUUAUUCACCAAGAUGCAUUCAGCACCAAAACUGGAAAAAACAUGUAUUAAAUUGUGUUUGCUCCUUUGCAAUUAAGUGUACAAUUCAUAAUGUAAUGCACAUGAAUGUCUGUGUCUGCGUAAACAGAAAAAAAUGAAACCCUGUAUAAAAGUGUAAUUUAUAUAUUUAUGUUUUGGUGGGAUGCCAAUAAUAAUGCUCAUUUUGUUUUAUUGCCUAAAAAUAUCUAAUGAAACAAAGGCUUUGUAUAUCCAUUAAAAAUGAUGUAGAUGGAAUGUAUGGUUGUAGCAUUUUGGACACCUUAUGCGAUAGUCCUAUCUGAAUAAUGUGCAUUCUAUGAUAUUGCACAGGUUUUAAACAGCGAAAAUAAAAUAUCCUAUAAGUGA